UUUCUCAGUGAUUAUUUUUAACAGGGACAGCAGUCAUCUGAAGCCCUGUUAGACUCAUGGGCUCUUAUCCCACGAAAGUGGCCUAGCUCUCGCAGCCCUAGAACCACCGUCCGGCCCAAAGAGAAGAACCAUCAUACAUGGCCGUCUGUGACUCCAAGAGAGCCGAGAAGAGUGGACUGAACGAGGCGUGUUAGUGUCCUGAGGGAAGGAGGGAUGAUGCUAAUGAGAAAAGACGGGAUAAAGGACAGGAUUCAGACCCACCAUGGAACCAAACCACGGGCACGUACAGUUAAUGAGGUAGAACGUCAUGACAUGAAUACCCUCAGCCUCCCCCUGAACAUCCGCCGAGGGGGUUCAGACACCAACCUCAACUUCGACGUCCCAGAUGGUAUCCUGGACUUCCACAAGGUCAAACUCAACGCCGACAGCCUGAAACAAAAGAUCCUAAAGGUGACGGAGCAGAUCAAAAUUGAGCAGACAUCCCGCGAUGGAAAUGUCGCCGAGUACCUAAAACUCGUCAGCAGCGCGGACAAGCAGCAGGCCGGGCGGAUCAAGCAGGUUUUCGAAAAGAAGAACCAGAAGUCAGCCCACUCGAUCGCCCAGCUGCAGAAGAAGUUGGAGCAGUACCACAGAAAGCUGAGAGAGAUUGAACAGAACGGGGCCUCUCGCAGCUCAAAGGAGAUUUCUAAAGACAGCCUGAAGGAGAUACACCACUCCCUGAAGGAUGCCCAUGUGAAAUCUCGAACUGCUCCCCACUGCCUGGAAAGCAGUAAGUCGAGCAUGCCGGGGGUAUCCCUCACGCCCCCCGUGUUUGUCUUCAAUAAGUCCAGAGAAUUUGCCAACUUGAUCCGGAAUAAGUUUGGCAGUGCUGACAACAUCGCUCACUUGAAAAACUCGCUGGAGGAGUUCAGGCCCGAGGCCAGCACCAGGGCCUAUGGAGGCAGCGCGACCAUCGUGAACAAACCCAAGUAUGGCAGCGACGACGAAUGCUCCAGCGGGACGUCAGGCUCGGCAGACAGCAACGGGAACCAGUCCUUCGGCCCUGCUGGGGCCAGCACACUGGACAGCCAGGGGAAGCUGGCCAUGAUCGUAGAGGCGCUGAGGGAGAUCAAAGACACCCAAACCCAGCUGGCAGAGGACAUUGAGGCGCUGAAGGUGCAGUUUCAGAGAGAGUAUGGCUUCAUCUCUCAGACUCUGCAAGAGGAGAGAUACAGGUAUGAGAGGCUUGAGGACCAGCUUCACGACCUGACAGAGCUGCACCAGCAUGAGACAGCCAACCUGAAGCAGGAGCUAGCCAGCGCCGAGGAGAAGGUAGCCUACCAGGCCUAUGAACGCUCGAGGGACAUCCAGGAAGCCCUGGAGACUUGCCAGACGCGCAUCUCUAAGCUGGAAUUGCAUCAGCAGGAGCAGCAGACCCUGCAGACGGAUGCCGUGAACGCCAAGGUGCUGCUGGGGAAGUGCAUCAACGUGGUUCUGGCCUUCAUGACCGUCAUCCUGGUGUGCGUGUCCACCCUGGCCAAGUUUGUCGCGCCCAUGAUGAAGAGCCGCUUCCACAUCCUUGGCACCUUCUUCGCCGUGACUCUCCUGGCCAUAUUUUGUAAAAACUGGGACCAUAUUUUGUGCGCCCUAGAGAGGAUAAUAAUCCCGAGAUGAGCCACUAGUUCCCGCCGUCAUGUCCUCUCAAGUUUUUAUUUUGAAGAAAACUCUGUUGCAGACUACCAAAUUUCUGAAUGAACGGCUGUGCCAAAGACGGCGAGAAGGACUGAAACUGUGUGAUGUAAAUAAUUAGCGCCUCCUAACCCGGUAGCAGCUGCCAACACAGUCCCUGUCCGUGGUUAACGCCAAACUGCCCCCAGAGUUCUCCCCACAUCGCUCACGGCCUUAAUCAGAGCAGAUCUCCAGCCCACCUGGCGAGCCGGGCACGGUAGAGCCCCAUUCACAGAGCGCUUGGCACAAAGAGCGACCCAGAGGAACGAGCCUCCCUGUGUUUCCCAUGAAUCUCUGUCACAUUGAGCUUCAUGGUUGCUAACAGCUGUGGGCUCUCUGAGCCCCACAAACAGCAAGGAUAUGGCAGGACUGGGGGAAGCGAGCAAACACAGGUUACGGGCAGUGUUGAGUGCUUGGUGGUGGUGGAGGGGUCUGUGGAAGCUCAGUCAGUCUCUGUGAUCUAUCCCCCUUGUCCACAGGUGGCGCUGCGUCCUGUUAUGUGCCCGGUGUUCACAUUGGUCAAUUGCGUCUGUCCCUGUACCACGCAAAUCUUAGAGCUGCUUCUCCGGCAGAAGUCUGCCUAACCAGUAGCCUCGCACUUUACACAGUAGACACUAGAAUUUACAAAUGGGCUCACCUCUUCUUUUGCCCAGGAACCACACACCCGACUUCAUCUCACCUGGCUAGCAGGGCCCUGCCCUCGGAGCGUUCGGCCCGUGCUUUUGUCCAACUCUGGCUUUGAUAGUGCGGGAUGCUGCGAGCAUCCCUGGGAGGCUCAUGAUCAAUCUGGCAAUGGCUAGCUGUGAUAAAUCCCCUUAGAGGAUGGCAUGCACUUUUCGUGAUUCGCUUUUCUCUCAGGACCUCUGAGAUCAGAGUCCAGGAAGUGAAACCUGGCUCGUGUCGCCAGGUAUUAUUUUCCUUGUAGAUAACAAAAUCAAACUUCAUCCAUCAUAUGUGUGCUGAGGCAGGUCCCUGGAGGCCUAAGAGGGAUGUGAACUCUUGGUCUGAUCGGAUGGUGGCUAGGUGAGUGGGAGCCCUUUACCCAGAUGAGGUCAGGAGGGUCUAGUUAGGGAUGCAAAGGGCAGCAAGAAUAAGAUGAAUUAAAUCCAGUGUUGAAGCUCGGUUGCUGUCUGUCCUGUAGGCACGUAGUAGGACAAGUUCUGAGGUCACAGGAUAAACGCACUGCCAGUGAGCAGAAAACGUGCAAGAGCCGCUGCCUUCGGUGACUGUCGUUUACUGAUGAAGCACAAAGAGGAGAGAGAAGGUUGUGCUGGAUUCUGCCAGUCAGUUCCUGGUCCUCCCAUUGCACCUGCCAAAGGUGUAAAGGUGCCGUUAAAUGUUUACAUUCUCCUGGAAAAUGCUCUCAAAGAUCUAAGGAUCAUCACUUGCAAAUGGCUGUUCUUAGGGACGUUCUCGGGGGGGGGGGGGUUAAAAAAAAGCAAG